AUGAUACAUCAGAAUGAGAAAUGGAACGUGCAGUGCACAGCUUCCAUUACUUGCUUUCCCAAUUUUCAAUCCUAUAACUACCAUUCUUAUUUCUCAUCUUUCAUUCAUUCAACCCCAUACCUUUCUUACACAAAACUCAAUACAUAUAUAUAAUAUAUUGCAUGUCGCAAACCUCAAGAUCGCCGGCGAUUACAUCCCGUAGAAAAAAACCGCCGCAUCCAUCACCGUCGCCUUGUCGUACAAAGACGAAGAAUAAGUCAAAAUUGGUCAAAAUCUUGAAACGAUGCUCAUCUGCGCCCCUGCUAAUUUCACGAGGAGAUCGUGAUGAUGAAGAUGAUGUUGAUCUCGUUGCUCAAUAUUCAUUCAGGAGCCGUGGAGGAACACUUUCCCGACCCCAAACUUUUUCAAAUGCGUUUGUUUCUUCCCCUUCUCUUUUUCCUUCUUCUCCAAAGAUUUACGGUAAAGAGAUGAAGGGAUACGACAAGGAAGCUAAGGUUGUGGUUAAUGUCACAGUUGAAGGAAGUACAGGACCAGUCAGAACCAUGGUUAAACUGGGAUCUACCGUAGAACACACAAUAAAGCAUGUAGUGGAUAAAUAUAGAGAAGAAGGAAGAAGCCCCAAAAUUGAUUCUAAUGUGUCAUCUUCAUUUCAAUUGCAUCUUUCCUAUUUCAGCCUCCAAGGUUUGGAUAAAUCAGAAGUAAUUGGGGAUGUAAAUAGUAGAAAUUUUUAUAUGCGGAAGAGUAAUGCUGAAUCUACAAGCAAUCAGGAUUUAACAAAACAUUGCUCUGCAAAUACUUCAAUGUUACUUCCAUCUUUUGUUGCUUUGAAAAUUAACCAAAUUAUAAGAAGAGCUCACAGGUUUUGGAAGAUUAUGGUGUGUUCGCCAUGACAAGAACAACAGUGCAUUCCAAUGCUAUGGGCUACUUCACCCGUCACAUGGAAAAGCAACAAAUUUUUAUCGGUUGCUUUCAAUUUAUUUCCGUUUGAUAUUCUACAUGUAUAUAUUUUUUCAAAAUGUAAAACUAAUAUGAAGACAUGGUAAUAACUUUUUCAAAAGUAAUAAAUUUGGUGGGAUAAAUAUAGGUUGCAACAAUGUUUAGAAGUUUUUGUGUAAGAUCUCCAUUUCUCACCAAUAUUCAUAUCCUAUGAAAAUAAGAAAUUUUUAUUGAUUUUUA